UCAUCGCCGAGUUUACCAGAAACUUUGCUCUUGAUUUGUUUUCCUUUUUAAAUUUUGGAGCGAAAAUUGUUGCGAGUAAUGCAAGAAAUCCACUCGAUCGACGGUGGCUGCAUACUUAGCGGCGGCCACGGCGGCGGAGAAAGAAGGCUACGGCCGCACAGCCACCAAACACUCAAGUGUCCACGUUGCGACUCUCUCAACACAAAAUUCUGUUACUACAACAACUACAACUUCUCUCAGCCACGUCAUUUCUGCAAGAGCUGCCGUCGUUACUGGACGAACGGUGGCAUCCUCCGUAACGUCCCCGUCGGCGGUGGUUGCCGCAAGGCCAAGCGCACGAAAACCAAAGCUUCAUCAGAAACCACCACGGUUGUUGCCUCGUCUUUGCCGCACCCAGAGCAACAACACCUUGAGCAAGCUAAAGCGAAUUCUCAUUCUAGCAGCGAGUGUUCGAGUCUCACCGCAACGAAUUCCAACGCUGCAGUGACUAACAACAACAACAAAAGCAACGUUAACAACAACGGUUAUGGUGGUGGCACAGCGGAGGCGGAGCCGGUGAUAACUUCUCAUGCUAACUUGAUAAAUGUAAGCGAGCCGAAGUUUUAUGGAAAUCCUAAUAAUUUAGGGUUCGAGCCAGAAUUGCUGGAACAAGGAUCGGACUGCGGGAUAUUUUCAGGAAUUGGGGGUUUUACGAGUUUGAUUACAUCAUCAAACGAUGAAACGUUGUCGUUUGGUUUUGACAAGUUAUUAAAUGAUGGACAGUGGCAGCAGCAACAGCAUCAGCAACAAAAGAUGAUGAGCGUGGGAGGGGAGGAAUUCACGGGGGGAUUUCUUGAUCAGACGGUGCAGGUUGAGCUAUCGAAUAUGGCUAGUAGAUCAGGGAAUGGAGUUGGAGCGUUGGAUUGGCAACGGAAUGGAGAUCAAGGGUUGUUUGAUCUUCCUGACGAUCUUGAUAAGGCAUAUUGGAGUCAAGCUCAGUGGACUAAUGAAGACCAUCAUACUCUCUAUCUCCCGUAAAUUAUCUCUGACUCCUUCCCCAUCCCCCCUUUCCAAUUAUUUAUUUUUACUACAAAGCUUAAAAAAUAAUCAAAGAACGCCUCAAGGGUUAAGGUAGGAUUUAACCUUACUUUUCCUUUAUUAAUUGUGAUAAUAUCGUCAAAAGUGU